GCUAAUUCGCGUCCAUCUUUACUUCGAUGUGUUUCAUUAUUGUUGUUUUACGUAAAUUUUUACAAAAAUAUUAUUAUUCUUCCAUAUCCUCAGAUAUCUAACAAAGAGCUUUUCACUAAAAUUUUAGCAAGACCUCAUUCUAGCAAAUAUUAACUUGUUUGCAGAUGAAGUGUGGGAAUGGAUAGAUUGAACCAGUUGCGCGGCGGCGGCGCAGGCGGCUCGCGGAACUCGUCGCUGGACGGCUCCGGGGCCGGCGACUCCUUCCUCACGGCCAACGACUCGUCCAAGUACUACUCUCUCUCAGAAGACGACUCCUUUGACAACGACAUCACUAAAGACGUGUCACUGGCUACGACCAGCGCGGAGUCCACUCUCAACUCUUCCAACUGCUUCCCCAAUCUGUCUCCAAUCGGAAAAAUAGACUAUAAGAUUGGUAAACAAAUUGAGGCUGCUAACAUUUUGUCUGGUGGAGUCAACAUAUUUGAUGAUAAUGAUAACUCGUAUGAUGGCAAUGAACUUGUAAUAGAUGAUAAUGUUGAAAUUGAUAAAUCUCCCAACUUGAAGUCUCCUGAAUGUUCUGGUUUGCCGCUUGAUGAUGUUGAGAAACCUUCUACUUCCAAGGUGGAAAGUUCUAGUACAUUAAAAGGAGAGGCUGGAUCUGAAAAUAAUCAGAAACUAGAAAGUUCCAGUCUUCCUUUGCAAGAGAACAAUGAAUUAAGUAAGCAAUCAACUCUAAAGCUACCAGCUGAAAUUUCCGUAGACAAGGUUCACGGGCAACCAAUGGAGAUUGUCCAACAGGUGGCUGACGGGCCUCCAGUCAAUGCUGUACCAUUAAACCAAGGUAAUGUGUUAGACCAUGCUCUUGAUGAGGUAGAGGCAAAUGUUCCAAUUAACGGUGAAGAACAAUUAGAAAUUCCACAUCUUCCAUUAGACAAUGAUGCAGAGCAGAUUGCCAAUCUUGACAAUGAAGCAGAGAUAGUAGAGGCCAACCUACCUAACGAUAAUGGCGAGGCGAAUCUUCCAAAUGAUAACAGUGAAGAAAAUAUACCUGAUAAUAAUGCAGAAGAAGACAGGACGGAGGUUGUUCUGCAAAUUGACGGGAACAAUGUGGCGGCUAUAAGCAUUGGGACAGGGCUGUAUUUGUAUCGGAAGGAGGGUCAAGAUGAGCUGGCUGCGGUGCAGAUAGUCAAGGAGCCGCAGGAGGAGGAGCCUAGCUUCAAGUUUCUUAAAGUCCGAGAAAACGCCGAAGGCAAUUUAGAAGUUUACGAAGAAAUACAAGAAGUAGUCGUAGUGCCCCAAGAGACGCCUAUUAGAGAAAGACCAGCACCAGCUGCCCCAAGCACGUCAAAAGACAACAACAAACCGGUUGUUUGUGAACCAAGCACAAGCAAAGAAGCUGAAAAGAAAGAUACCACACCAGACAAGGGUGCUCCCGUUGCGUCCACUUCUAAACAAGACACGGAGCCUAAAGAACCACAAGCUGAUAGAACAGAACGAAACGUAAACGGGAAAAUGGUCAAAUUCAGUGAGUCAAGAAAGUCACCCCUUAUGGUCCAUUCCACUCCUAACAAGGAAGGAAUUCCCUUAACUAAAACUAUGGUAGACCAGCAACUACAUCCUAAUAGACAUUCAGACAACAUCAAGAAGACUAUAGAAGUCCACACAGACAAUUGCAAACAAAAAAAUUUGGAAUCACCCUCAACGUCCAAAACCAAGGAUGUUGCUAGUCCUGAUAAAACAACAGACGAAACACCAGCUGUUGAUAAACAAGGAGAUACGGACAGUCCUGACAAAAAGCAUAUCAGUGUAGUGAGAAAGGAAAUAGUGUCUGGUGUAAUUGAGAAGAAAACAGACGAAAUCCCUAGCAGUUCUAAUGCCAAAACUAGUGAUAAAGUAGAGGUUGCGAAACUAAAUGAAGAUGAAGCGAAAGUUUUGAUGAUAGGAAAACUAAUGAAAUCAGUUAAAGUGCCAAUGGCUAAGGAGAAGGAAAAGGUGAAACAAGAUGAACCUGAAGACGAUUCUAAGAAACCUAAUGCUGCUCCAAGUACAAGUGGGGUUGAAAUUCCAACCAUAGGUGUUAGUAAGGGUAAUAAAACCGAAGAAAAGCAACCUUUAAUGCCCAAGCAAUCAUUACCAACUACACAUACAGAUGCAAAAGAAAAAGAAAUAUCAACUAGUUUUUCAUUUGUGCCCAGCAGUGUACCCAUGGAGAUUGAUAAUUCAAUAGUUAAAACAUCCAUAAACGAUAAACCUGAAGUCAAACCAGUGUCACCUACAGAAAUCAUUGAAUCGGAUGACAUGGAGGUCGAUGAAGAUGUACUAGUUAUAGAAGAGCAGAUUAUUGAAAGCCAACCUAUUGCUGAAACUAUUCAGACGGGCAACUCGAGCUCAAUUAAUGCUACUGCCAUAAAUUUCACGACAGAUCAUAAUAUCGACAAGUUUAAAACGAAUAAAACAGAUACAACAAUAGCAACAUCCGUGAAAGUUCUUAACACUAACACCAUUAAAACUGAUAAGCCUACAACAGAAAAUAAGCCUGGAACUGAAUUAAAAACAAAUAGUUUCAGUAAAAUCGAAGUUAAAGGCACAAAUCCUAAAGACACUCAAUUAAACCAUAAUAUUAAAAUAAUAAAAAACGAAUUAAUAAAGGGAACUACGCUUCCUAGAGACCAAUUAAAUCAAAAUGUAGAAAAAUCGACGAAUGUGAAGGAAUCAGUUGAAAUGAAACCUAUUGAUAAGAAUUUCACUGAAACGAAAUCAGCUGCCCUUCCUCCUUCGAUCUCAACAGCUAAAGUAAAUAAUUUAAUCGUCAAUAACAUACAUAAUAAACCAGAGAAUUUAUUUUCUAAAUUGGAAUCAACAGAUAAGAAAUUAGAGAAGAAAGAAGCAUUACCUAGCGCAAAUACUAAAGAUGUAAAAAACACGUCAUUAUUACCUAGUAAAGAGCAACCACAAAGCAGGUUACCAAUAAAUACUCAAAGUUUAAUCAAACCACAAAUGAAGUCAGAUAUCAAACCCCCAAUUAUAAAUAUUGCUGAAGCCAAAAAGGAAAUUAACCAUAAAUUAACAAAUGCAGUCGACUCAAAACCAAAGUCCAUUAAUAAUAAUCAUGCACCAGUUCCCUUCGGCAAGUGGACUGAAGCGAAUCGCCAAGAUUUUUUAAAUAAAAUCAAAGAAUCAAAGCCAGUCAACAUAUCUAAUGCAAACCAGAUUAAGCAGCCCAAUGAUUUAAAUAGAAGAGAUGUCCUAAAGAAGAUCGAUAGUCAAAGGCAAACUUAUAAUGCGCAUGUGAAAAUACAAGAGUCACUAAAUAAAGGAAAUGUGAAAGCUGAAGCGUUUGCAAGCAAAACGGCCCCUGCUACUUUAAAUAAGAUCGAACCUAAUGUUUCUGUGAAACCUGAGGCUCCUGUUGUAAAACCUAAUCCAAUUGUUGAAAAUAAACCUGAGCAAGAACCACAAAAGCUUCAGUUUGAGCCCAUAGUCGCGGCUGCUGCAUCUAGUACUACUAAAAAGGAACAAAGAAAGGAAAUCAAUAAUCAGCACCUAAUUGAUAAAACAAUUGAAGGUAUUAUCAAUAGGGCGGUAACCGGAAAAAGCCCAGAACCUAUUAUGCCGACUGUCGCAGAAAAACCUAUAAUUGAGAAAGUUGAUAAAAAGCCUGAACCAAAAACUAACACUCAGCCUACUCUCUUGGACGCUAUUGAAAUGAAGAUGAACGAACUACACGGAAUACCCUUCGUGGAGAGGCCGCCACACGAAUUGCCGCGGCCAUACCUCACAGAGUCUACAGUUUUAUCCAAAACUGAGCCCCAGAGUAUACCGCCGAAGGUUAGCAAGAUUCCCAAUCUGCUACCUCUGCCUAAAUCUCAGCAGAAACUGAUCGAGGGGGAUGUUAUGAAUCUAGAAACUAAAGAAAAGUCCUCGAUUUCGUCUUUAGGCUCGUCUAAAACGGCAGAAAAGUCGGUCGCGAAACUGACUCACGAGGCUAACACGAGUAAAGACAAAAUAAUAACCGAAAAGGAAUUCGACAAGUUUGCCAGACGCAAUUCUGUCACCUAUGAAGAUCGUCUAACCAUCACAGAGUCUCACCAAGUCAUCCAAACGGUCGUGCCGAGAGAGGUGCCACCGAAAAAGAUUUCACGAAACGAACAAAUGCUCGCUGAAGCCAAAGCUAAGUCACCCCACAAGCAUCUACCGGUUAAGCAGUAUCAUCCUAGCAAAGCUGCGAGCAAGUAUAUUCCCGUGGAAACUAAUAAGCAGUAUCAAUCGAAGCUUCAACUAGCGUAUCAGACGGCGAUAUCAGUGAGCGCCAAACGACGUAUUGAAAGCCCGAUCACUAUCAUAGAAGACAAGCCAGUCCAAGUUGUAUACUUAGAUUCAAAUGUUUCGGAAUUUAACAGUACUCAAUUGAACGUCCAAGGCCGGGACUUAUCACCGGCCAAGCGAGCACCAGAACCUGACGCAGUCACCGUCGGAACUGGAGAUUCUCUCGACUCAGACAUCCUUGAUGCUAUAGACGACAGGCAGGAGGAGGUCAAAACCAAGAGCAAACAUCAACGCAAACAGGUGCUCACCCCCGUUGAGACCCCUGAUUUAGAGUUGAUAGAGCCUAGUGACCUGGGUAUAGAAGUCUCGCCUAAAAAGAAGCGGAAAACUGAGGAUAAGCCGGAGAGGAAGCAGAAUCUCAUUCCGAAGAAGUCUUACUUGCUCGGAAGGAGCGUCGAGGAGCCUACAGAGAUCCGACCGAAUCCCAUGCCUCCUGUUCUUCAUACUGACGCGGUUUCAGCGAUAGACAGCCUGGUGAAGGCGGCCGAGCUGCUCGAUCAGUCAGAGAGCUUGAACGCUAGUGUUCAGAGCGUAGACAGUUUGCAGAGUACACCAGUCAAACGCGGCCGCGGAAGGCCGAGGAAAAAUCCUCUGCCUGAUGCUGCAGCAGAAACUACAGUCAGUCCCCAGAAAAAACCGAGACUUAUCGACGCCAAAGUCGCUAAACAUAUCAGCAGUUCCGACGAUUCUAGCGACGACGAUUCCAUGAUUAAAGAAAACUGGACGAUGGGAAAGAUUAACGAAAAGAUCGUCUGCCCCAUCUGCAACAAGCUGUUCAGGUCAGAAAAUGUGGUGUUCAAACACGUCAAGCACUGCACCGGGCCCUCCCCGAGCCGAUCCGAUUCCGAGAAACGCAGUCCGCGCCGCUCGCGGCUGUCGCGCGAGAGCGAGACAAAAUCGCGAGACAGUGAACCCAAAAGAGAUUCGAGACACGAUGCCGAUGAAGUGGAUCUCUCUCCGGUCAGAAAAACUCCCAGCAAAAGAAAGUCGAAAGACUCCCGUAAAUCUUCUAGCGACGACGUCAUUCCGAUCGAAACUGACGCCAAAGAAGAUGAACCUAAGAAGACUGAACCCCGAAAGACCAUCAAACGCAAACUCAACUCGAGGGCUAGUAGUCUCGUUUGCGAAAUUUGCAACAAGAGCUUCAGACAGCAUUCCUACCUGGUCAGCCACAAGCUGCAGCAUAAGAAAGAAGAUACAAAACUGGCCAACAAACCCCAGCCUACAGAAAAGUCUGUUUUCAGCUGUGAGACAUGCAAGAAAGAAUUCAGGAAACUACAUCAUUUGGUGCAACACAGGCUGAUCCACAACCCGGCGCAGUCGAGGGCGCUAAGGAAGACAUCUUCUGAACAAAAAGAGCUUCCCAAAAACUUUAAAGCUUCAAAGAUAGAUGACCAGAGUGCAGGUUUCCGCUGCGAACCUUGCGACAAGUCGUUUAGGAAGCUACACCAUCUCGUGGAGCACAGAGAAACCCAUGAUGGCAUUAACCGGCAGAGAUCCAACUCCAUAACCCAGGAAAAGGAAAAAGAGAAGCUGACACCACCGCCGCAGUGCGAUAUCUGCAAGAAAACCUUCAGAAAACUCCACCAUUUGAUCGAACACAAAGAGCAACAUCUAGAGACCAGCUCCGAGAAAUCCGAUGAUCAGAAGAGCGUAAAAAGUUCGUUAUCCACUAAAGACAUUAUCCACGAAUGCAAUUUGUGCUACAUGGUGUUCCCUAACGAGCAUUCGCUGAAUAAACACAUGGUCACUUGUCUGAGGAAAAAGAGACAAUCGGCAGCCAAACAAGCAGCGGCGCUAGAAGAAAAGAAUGCUGAAGAAAGUGCUAAGGCAGAACUGUCAGAGGAAAGUAAAGUAGAAUCUGACAUAGAGCCACCGCCGGUAGAGACAAAAGCUGUUGAGGAAAAAGUGGUAAAACCUCCCGAAAAACCAAUUGAUCUUCCAAAGGAAGUACCUCAGGUAAAGGAUGAUCCUCCUAAACCGGCAAUAAUACCAACAAUCGAGAAAGUAGAAAAACAGAUAGAGCCUAAAGCAGCUGAAAAGAAAGCACCGCCGUUAGAAAAUCCUACUCCCAAAGUUGCAAAGUCGGUAGAAACUCCAGCUAAAGUCAAACAAUUAGAAGAGAUCAUAGUUAUCGAAGACACGCCUAAAAAGAAAACUCAAAUUAAAGAAACAGUGACGCCGAGUGUGGCGAAGCGUCAGCAUUGUCAGAAAGUCGCUCCGCCGACUGUCAAACAAGCAGAAGAGAUCAUAGUUAUCGAAGGCACGCCUAAGAAGAAAACUCCAAUUAAAGAAACAGUGACGCCGAGUGUGGCGAAGCGUCAGAAAGUCGCUCCGCCGACUGACGAGCAAGCCACGCCUACCAGCGACGACGAUGAAAUCCGCUACAUGUUCAACCCUGACUUUAAAGUCGCAGAGACGACCGAAAGCAAAACCUUUACGAAAAUCCGCGCUAAAAGGCGCAAUUCCUUGCCGAAACUACAUAAAGACGUAGCCAGUAGACGGUCGUUACUCCAGCACCCGCCUAAAAUCCCGCGUCUCCGCGCCAAAUCUGAUGACGUUCCCUCGUCUCGUCCCAAAACGGCGGUCAAACCCAAAAUAGAAGUCGAAGUGCCUUCAACAGACUCCGAUGACAGCGAAGUGAAGUAUUCCUUCCCGAAGACUGUUCCGGAAAAACAGGAGAAGCAAGAGGUUCCGGCGGAAGACACGAAACGGAGGAAGACGAUGGCGGAGAAGAGAAAGUCUCUCGGUGCGAUAGCGAAGCGAAAGUCGCUAGGGAAGGCCAUUGUCAAGGCGGCUAAACCUUCGCCUCCGAAACCAAUCAAACGACGAACAGCAGCGGCCGAGCACCGCUGCGACUGCGGCCAAUUAUUCAGUAGCGCUGCCCUGCUCGCACGGCACGCCUCUCUCGCUCACACACCUCCACGCGUGCGUCGACCACGCGACAACGACACAGCGACACCGAGCCGCAAGGCGAGUGCCGACCAGCCGAAGAAAAGUGUAGACCAGGUAAAAAAAAGUGUUAAGGAUGUUGAGAAACCGCGAAACAGUUUCGCUCAAUCCCGGAAAAGUGUCGAUCAGGUAAAAAAGAGUGGGAAAGACGUUAGUGUCGAGCAAAAGAAAGUAGUUAGUGGUACGGACAGUGUUCGGAAAUCGGUGAAGAAGACAGCUAGUGCGAGGAGCCGCGUACACACCGGCGUACCAUUGCCCAAUAAGCGUUCGUCGAGGAAAUAGAGCUCUUGUAACUACACGUUUUAUGGGACCCAUGUUCGUUUAGUGAGUACUUUACAUUCUAGUUAAAAUUACUUACUGUUUGGGUGUUUUAAGCGGCCUAAAAUAGGGACUUGGAACAUUUUAUUUAACUCUUUUACCACCAAAGACGUCGACUGACGCGCGCGGCUCACGCGGCUGAACGUUCACAAAGACGCGCCGCGCAUAUUUUUUUAUUUGAGUCUUUUAUGUUAUUUCUACUCAGAAUAACGAGCUCUUUUGAAAAAAAGUCCCUUGUUUCCUAUUCCGUUACCAUUUUUUCAUAGACUUUGUGUGACGGUAAAAGAAUGGAAGGAACGAAAAAUGAAUGAGUUUUGGGACACUUUUUUUCUUUAAAAAAAGCCCGUGAUUCUGAGUAGAAACAACAUUAAAAAUUCCAAAUUCAAGUAAUAAGGGGUGUAUAAAUCAUUAUAUGAGUAACAUGCCCCACCAACUACUUAUACUCAUAUGGAGCCCAUAACACGUGUAGUACGGCCUUAAGGUUUAGUUGUAAGGGGUCUCCGCUUUACGCAAGGGCUCACUGUCGAUUUGAAGGACUUUCAGAAUACUUAGUCGAUAUUCGAAGUUGACUGAUCUAAUCUAUUAUGUGUCUGUUCAUACUGGUCGAGAGCCACUCACAGUCUCGGAAAAAACCUGACCCAAUCGGAGAAUGGAGCAUUAUGUACACACUCAUUCUCACUGUCUCGGGGUCUCUCACCAAGUGUGUAGUGUGUACCACCCGGCAUUAGUGAAAGUUGCGCCAUAUAAUUGAAGUUACAUUGAGCAAAACUGAUCAGCAAACUUGCCAAACAAAUACCUCGAAAUGUAAUUUAAAAAAAAGUAAAUUAUGAGUUUUUGACUCGAAUAAUCCGAAAAAGCAUUUUGGACCAACAUAUUUUAUUAUGAAAUUACAGUCUGGCAAAAAAGAGUAGAAAUUAAAAAGUGGCAACACUGUAUUGUCGUCCCUUUCAAAUCAAUCUAAGAAAAACGGGACGACACUACAGUGUUGCCACUUUUUAAUUUCUACUCUUUUUUGCCACUGUUAACUUCAAAGUUUUAGUAAAAAAAAAUCAUUUGCAGGUUAAACAUUCUGUAGCAACAAGUACCUUUAAGUCAAGCCGGAUGUCCCAUCUAGGGGUGUUCCCAUUCGUCAUACGAGAACAGGUGCAUUCAUAUAAAGCAUUCCCAUCUGUCCCCGCCUCAUGUAUUUGGCGGCGGACACGUAGGGCGGGAACAAAUGUGGGAAUACACCCGUCUAAGCUAUUUUAUAGACACACCCAGUCACAUUAGUUUUGCAUCAAACCUCAUAGAAAGAUAUGCAAAACGAGUGCCGUCAUUCAAGAUCUAAAGAAAUAACUUAGACGCGAUAUUUAGCUUGCCUCAAAAAUCCAUGGCCUAACCUAAUGGAAUAAGUGAGAGAUUGAACUGAAAUAGUGAACCUUCAUUUCUGCAGUGGACAUCCUUUUAGUGCCUGAGCGUGGCCCCAGACUGAUUGGGCUCCCCGUAUAGCUGUAAGCAGUUGGAAGCUAGUUGGAACGCGAACCGGUUCGCAGACAAGAAAACCGGUUUCUCUGAACCUGUAACCGGUUCGCAGCUAGGACGCGCCACGCGCUCACAAUAAUGUAACGCACGGACCACUGUAUAGAAAUAUUUUUACAAUUUUGAAAUAUUUUGUUAUUGUGGGCCGUCGUGUCUGUUUUUUAAUUGUACAUUUAAUAUUAAGAUAUAUAAGUAUAUUUUGUCAAUUUGAAUUGUUAUAGUGUAAGAAUAACUAAUCUAUUUAUGUUGUUCGGUAGGAGCAUUGAUUUCAGACGUUUGUUCCGUUGUGCAAUCUCUAUUGACAGUACUGUAUUAUAAAUGCAAAGUACUGUUUAAGUUUGAAAUUAUGUAAGAUGAACUACUUUUGGUAAAUAAUCCGCGCUAACAUCGACCCUAUUCCCUAGACAAGAAAGUUUAAAUUGUAAAUUAUGUUCAUCUUAAAUAAUUCCAAUUAUACAUGUCUGUUUUAACAUAAUAUAGAGUGUAGAAUGAAGAUUUAUUUAACGAAUAGGAUUUAAGUUGCAGAGCCAAAUGACCAUUCUGGGUUGUUAAAGUGGCUGGAUUAAGUUCUCAUUAUAAUAAAUGUGGAAAUACCUCUCCUUCUAACUUGUAAGCUUCGCAGCCACGUGGUAAGCGGGAAAUCGAAUAUUUGUUUGCGAUUAUAUUUUUUUGGCGGUUAGGGUAAAGUGCCCUAACAUCGGCAACCCCUUAUGAUCAUUACUGCUGCAGUGGUUAAUGUUAGGGAGGGGCGAGCAGAGUUUAGGGCAGUUUACCCUGUUGCUAGAAUCAUAAUCAUUUGAAUAUAGUGAAUCACUUCUUUUUUUAAGAAGUCAGUGAAACAAUACGGUUUUGUUAACGUUGUUUCUAUAGUAACUUUAUAUUUUUAACACAAAGGUAGCAAAUUUAUUUUAAUUAUUGAAUUGGAAUAUAAUUAAAUGAAUGGCACUUUCAUCUUUGGAUACACAUACAUUGUUCCUUCAGUGAAGCUGAACUAUAUGCAAAAGGUUGAUUUUAUGGUGAUUCGUAAAUUUUAUUAUUUUUUAUUUUAUUUGAAAUGUCUGUUUAACCUUCAAGUAGGUAGUUGACAUGAAUUAUUUAGUGCUUCUUAGAUAUUUUGGAAUCAUAUAUGAUAUAAUGUAUAAAAUUAAAUGAACUAUUAACAACUAAGUAUAUAAUUAGAUGAUUGUAAUGACAAAUGUUUAUAGUAAUUUGUAAUAAAUGAAUUUCGAGGGAACCUCAAUUUGGAAUUAUAUUUGAAAAAUCAGAAAAAAAAUGAUAUUUUUGGAAUCAGUAAACAAUGAAAAAUCGAGUAUUAAACAAUUUUUAAAUUUGAUCAUAGAGAGCUAAGUAGGACCAAAAUUUAUGUAGUUUUAUUUCCAAAAUAUUUGUUGUGCCCCCUAACUGUAAACUGUAACUUAAGGUCAAAUUCUACAAUAAAACUUAGCUGUCUCGUGAGAUUUAUGUUUUAGAAGCAUUUAACGUAAAUUUUAUAUUUUAUGUAGAUAUCAUUAUUUUUAAUAUGAUAAUGCAAAGUUUUGGUUAAUGGGUUAUAAAUAAAUUGUCAGAAAAUA